AUGGCGCCAAAUGCGAUUACGCGCACAGCGUUGCGGAGCUCCGACGCCAACCCAAACUAUGCAGAUUGUUCCUUCAAACCCAACAAUGCUCCUACGGACGCAACUGUCGCUUCCUGCACUCAGCCCCACCAGGAAGCGACUCAGCCACGCCAGGAAGCGACUCAGCCACACCAAUGCCACCACCAAGUAGAGAAACUUGAUGGCUUCUCUUCCGCGGAAUACAAGAGAAUGCGAACUUCUGCAGCUGCUCCCAGUGAUAGCUACCCUUCUGCAGAAAAUAAGACAAUCCAAUCUGAUGCUGCUGGUGCUGGUGCUGCUGGUGCUACUGCUGGUGCUGGUGCUGCUGCUACAAAUGCCACAACUAGCACUCCGGGAACUAGCUCUUCCCAAAACAAGGACCCAUAUGCUGUGAAGUUCGUAUUCAAGGAAAACAAACUUGAAAAGGUCGAUGGCAUCUAUGGUGAUUGGAUUCCAGAUUUACCCCACUGA